GUCCCCGUUCGCUUGACUGCGGAAGUGGAAACAGGCGGCUCAGGUUGGUCGGAGUUUGGGAGCCUUGUGCCUGUGCGCUCGUAGUGGUUUUCGCCUGGAAAGAUGCCGGGACUGGCAGCCGCUAGCCCUGCCCCGCCUGAGGCUCAGGAGAAGAAGCCUCUGAAGCCCUGCUGUGCCUGCCCCGAAACCAAGAAGGCGCGCGAUGCGUGCAUCAUCGAGAAAGGAGAAGAACACUGUGGACAUCUCAUUGAGGCCCACAAGGAAUGCAUGAGGGCGCUGGGAUUUAAGAUAUGACACGGUGGCCUACUUUGUGAAUGAAUAAUCCUUGAAGAAUGAAGAAGAGUAAAUAUUUUGGAAGUUCUUUGAUGAACAUUGAUAAAUGGAUAAAGUAUUUAUAAUUUAUUAAAAAACAGAAGGAAAGAAAA